AUGAUUAUUAUAUUUACGGCAAACUCUGUUAAACUUAAGGAUGAAUUGAUGAUCAGUGAUAAUAAUAAUAAUAACAAAAAUAAUAUCUAUUGUAAAGACAAGUGCAGUGAUGGCCACAAGUGUCUGUCCGAUUGGCUGUCCUGUCGAUUGCAACAACAGUACGAUUCGUCUAUUGUUUGUUGCAUACAUUUUGGACAAACACAGCGACCACCGGCGCCGCAGCCGCAACUAAAAACCAAUGGCCAACAACUGUUUGCCCAUCAAACCCAUCAAUCGGCAGCAUUCGCCCAACAGGCUAAUUGUGCGGCCGUUACCGCCGCUAACAAUCGCCGGCAUCGGCAACAACAAUGGCCACCAAUGAUGCCAUCGUCCCGAACAUCGUCAGGAAUUUAUCGAUUCUUUCAGAAUCUGUUUACAGGAUAUAGUUCAGGAAAAUCCAGUUCUUCUUCUUCAUCAUCGCCUUCGCUGAUAACGAUCGGCAAUCCAUGGAUCGUAUCGGUGACGGCAUUUGAAAGCCAUAUAUGUGGCGGCGCUGUCAUUGCCAGCAAUGUCGUACUGACGGCCGCCCAUUGUUUUGAGCCGCUCUUCGAUCCCAGUGUCUACUCUGUCCGUAUGAUCGGUGGUGACGGCCGCCUAAAAGUUGCCGUCUCUCGUAUUAUACUACACGAUCUGUACUAUCGGGGCGAGUCCUAUCACGACAUUGCACUUGUUGUCACCAAUACGGCCGUCAAUAGCGGUGGCGGUGGAGAAGCCGACCAUAUCAUAUGUCUACCGUCGCUGCAUCUGUCGCGCAAUCAACUGGUCGGCCGACGGGCAACUGUAGUAGGGUUUGGCCACAAAAACAACAACAACGACUACAUUGGUGACGGCGAUCGUCAUCGUCAGCAACAAUCUGUAUGCAACUGGCGAUAA